CACUUGUCGUUGCCAAUACCUAUUCAAAUUUGCAAAUAGUUCUUCGGUUCUUCAGUGCGAUUGAAGGAAGACUUAACUCACUGUGUUUGUGUAGCGGUGUACAUUCAUUCUACAUAUAAUAUUCUAUCUUGGAAAGUUAUUCUGUUGAUGAUUACCUAUUCAAGAUGUCAGUUGAUCAAAUACUCGAAGAAAAUAACAUAGUUGAUAACCACGCUGAUCGUUAUGUGUAUUUGUACGAUGUGCUAGAUUUACAAAAAUUAGUAUCGCAUGAAGUAGCUCGAUCAAUAUGGUGCCGUAGUUGGAAUAAAUAUCAAGUCGACAAAGGACAGCGUACUGAUGUUAGCAUGAUUCGCAUGCUCGAUAAUCCUAGUCUUUAUGACGCUUACCACAAACAUACCGAACAACUGGUAGAGUCCUUGAAUACCCCUCGUUGUAUCGAAGAUAUGCUAAAAAAUAACUUGAGAGAUGUUGGCCAAAAGGUUGUAGAAUGGGCUAAACAUUUUACUUUUCUCAUGGGGUUUCCUUGUAAAUUUUUUAAGACUCAUCAGUGCGCUGCUCCUAUUGAUCCUAAUUGGUGUGUUUGGUCGACGGAUGCCGGAAUCGACUACAUAGAGACUGCGAAAAAGAUCCUAAAAACUGACUGUUUGACAGAUUUACAGAGAUUUCUCGUUAUGUGUUUAUAUUGCAUGGAAGAUGAGAUUGAAACAUUUUCUUUGGAUACGCUUCCAUUAGAAUUUGUCGAAGGAUUGAAUUACCACACCGGUUGUGAGUUUUUCUAUUGGAUUUGUAAACGUAAAAAUGAAUUACACAAAAUGCCAUGCGAAAAACUCGAUGCAGUAUUCUACGUCAUGACUGUACGUUUCAAUGCGCACCAACGUUUCAGUAAUAAAUACUUUUUGAAUCGUUUAGAUGACGAUUUUCAAGCAGGCGCGGUUAGUUAUUGGUUUUGUCGAAUUUUUAAAGAAAAAUAUGACGAAGUUUGUCGUGUCACUGUCUGUGUAUUUAUUGAGCAAAUAAUUUCUACAAUGACUUCGUAUCAGCAACAACGUUUGCUAUUGGAUACGUCUAUGUAUGUUUUGAUCAUACCCUUUUUGGCUCUGUAUUCUAGCUCUUCACGAUGUGCACUUUGGGCAUGGAGACAUUCUAAAGAUCAGAUGACCUUAGAAGAAUGUUCUCACAUCUUCAGUAAAAUAGUGAGUGAAAGUCGAAAGUUGAGUAAAAUCCGAACCGCUGCACUGAUGUCUUCAUUGGAUGAGAUUUGGGAUACUGCUUCUGAUGCUCAGAAAAAUUUUAUUAUUCAGACCCAGAUGUACGUACUUAUUCUAGACUGUCUUUAUAACCCUUGUUUGUCAAAUCUGUUGAGCAAAUUACUUAAUUUUAUUUCUUCAGCUGAGAGAAAAAAAUUAAUUUUUUUCCUAGCUGAGGGGUACGUUGUUCAUCAGUGCGAUUCUAGAUUAUUGAACGUCUUAAUGAACGUGUGUUUGCCAUUAUCUGAUGACCAGUUGGAAUUCAAAAAAUUUGUAAUUCAUUCUACAGAUUUCAGACGAUGUUUACACGAUUUAUUCCGUAAUCAAAAGUAUGAUAUGAUCGACGAAAAAUUAAAAUUUUACUUCCCUCGCGACCAGUGGCGGAUUUAACAGGUGGCAAAGUGGGCAGUUGCGCCUCGGGCCCCAAGAGGAAAUGGGCCCCAAAGAGAAAAAUUCUAAUGGUAGUUUUUGAAUAUGUAUUGCAGAAAAAAUUAUCUAAUUAUUAGCGAUGUCAUUUUCUAAUUCAAUAAGAUAGAAAUAAUCCAAUAAAUGUAGGUAGAGGUCUUCCACGCGGUAGUUCGGUAUAGAUCUGCAUGUAGAAGUCCAAUUUAUUUAUAUCGUGGUAUACCAAAAUGAGUCGAUAGAUUACAGCAGUGGCAGACUGGCUUAUGAUGUUACCUGGCAAUCGUCAGGGGCCCCGACGACGUUUCAACCAAAAACAGAUGAUAUUUUCACUUUCUCCAACAAAACUGUUUGCAAGCUUUUGCCCUCGCUUCGCUCGGGCCAGUUUUCUUUUCUUUUGUUUAAAAAUAUAAAUUUUCAAUUUUAGUGAAUUCAAAUUCUAAAAUUGUGUGGUCAAAAAAAUAAACUCAUCAGUCAUUACAAAAAAUUGUUUUUUACCUCUAAAAAUACAAAUUUUUGAAAUUUUCAGUCUUCACUUCACUUGGGCCUGUG